AUGAACCUACGUUCAGUGAUAGGACAAGGGCAAUUCUAUUCCCUUCCCCUCAACCAUCUCCUCCGACUCAUCCACGAUGAAUAUCCAUCAGAGCUCGAAAGACUCAAAACAGCCUACUCGAUCCCCGUUCAGACAAAACCCCACACCGCCGAGCCAUCCCCAUCGCAAAUCCUCUACGAUGGCGAGUACGACGAAGUCAACCGCACCCUGGUAAGCUUGUUGAUGCUCCGUAAGAUCCACAACAACGACUACAUCGGGUUCGUGGGCAGCCAGCCGACCGGCCCCCAACGCCUCCGCGAGUCGUCGUUCGCCUGGAUCCGGUCCCUAUUCCAGCAUGGUCUGACAACUCCGGACGAUCUCUACACUCUCGUCACCUCCAUCAUCAUCAAUGAUUUGGGCAAGUCGCCGACUCUGGCCGCCGACCUGCAGCGGGAAACAGCAACGGCAGCAGGAUCCCACGCCAAACCGAACCACGACCUAAUCCUCUACCUGGUCGUCCGACAAGCGCCCUAUCUCAUUCCCUGUCUGGACCGCGUUCCCCCCUCCCACCGGGAUCAUCUCAUCCGCGGCAUCGAGCUAGGCGCUGUAUUCAAUAUCGGACAGAUGGCCCAGGCAGAGUGUCCGCCCGCUAGUCUGGUGGGGCUUGAACGGUUGCGUCGAGGCAAUGCCGACGACAAAGGUAACAAUAUCCAGGCCUUCAAAAUGCGCUACAUGGAGCAAAUUCUCGAUAUCGCGGGCGCACUGGGCCACCAGGACCACUCGCAUGCCGCGCGGUUUACGGAGCCGAUCUACCAAUCUUAUCGGAUUAUCUACGAGAUCGCCGUGGAUGUGAUAAACGGAACGAUGGAUCGGAAGGAGGCGUAUGAUGCCAAUUUGGUUCGAAAGAUGGAGCUCCUGGUGAGCCAAAAUGGAUGGGAAGACAGGGGCAGAGGCCUUGACGUCCAUAACCCGGAACACAGGGCGCUGAUGCGGCUGCUGUGUAUUUGUAAUGCAACGACGGUUGGAGGGGGUGAAAUUGCCGAUUUGGUCUGGGAUACGUUCUUUGAGGGGAUCAGCGAUGAGACGAGAAGGGUGCUGGUCGAGGGGUUGAACGUUGAUGGGAGUGUAGGGAGGCCAGCUGUUCAGGUGACUUAUUCGCCGGCUGUAUGUAGCGCUGCGAUCAAGGCCUCCAAGGGUGCAGGGAGUGAUGGUCAGAAGAAAGCCCUGGCAGCUGUGUUUCGCUAUCUGGCGAGGGUUCAUACACUGACAGAGGCGGACUUGGAAGGGCUUCCAGGGGGAGUUACGGUCGUUGAACGCGAUAUUCGAGAAAAGGUCAUGGGGGUGGUUACCUCUGAGCCUUUUCAAGGAAACCCCGAUGUGUUGGAUGAGGUGGACGUGCCGGAGAAUGAAAUUGCUGUCCAGACGGAUGUUUAA